AUGUUUUCCAUAAUUGGUUCGGUUGAUGAUUCUGCUGACAGUUCUGUCGAUGAUUCUGUUGAUGAUUCUGUUGAUGAUUCUGUUGAUUAUUUUGCUGAUGUCAACCGACAUAGCAUACAUCACACUGCAGAGCAAAUUAUUGGUCAUCCUUGA